AUGUGUUUGGCUCGAGACUUGACAGCAGGCAGGGCUGUGUUCCAAGCCAUGCCGAUGCCGGCACAGCCUGCGGAGGAGGAGUCCGUUGCGGCCUCGUCGCAUUCGCAGCAUUUCGAGCACACCAAUGCAAGCAGCUACAAGUUCGAGCACACCGGGGUCAGCACUCUCAAGAAGGCACAUUCCUGCCUCUCUCAAGGCACGACCGCAAUGACUGGAGUAACUCCCGACAACAACAGCGUAGCAUCAGAGUCGCACGCUCCAGCUCCGGAGCUUAAUGCCAUCAAGGCCGAUGUUGAAAAUGCCUUGCCCUGUGGCGAAGCAGUCAGCAUCUGGACGAGGUCGACCAUUGGGAUUGUGCUGAAUGGAUUCCUUCUUGCCUUCUUGAGUGCCAUCUGCCGUGGUGUUAUCUACGGCUUCUUUCUGGGCUACAUGGGCUUAGACUCCUAUGUCCUGGCAUCCAUUGCGGCACUCAUGAAGCUUCCGGAUGUCUUCCCCCUAGCUUAUGGGAUUCUCACCGACUGCUUUCCGAUCCGUGGGCAGAAGAGGAAGCCUUGGCUCUUGAUUUCUUGGACCAUUUCGGCCGGUGCACUCCUUGCAAUGAGCCUGAAGCCCCAACCUGGCCCCUUGCACUGCUUCGAGAACGGGGAGUACAACUGGUAUGUGCCUCCCUGCAACCCUGGGAUCCUGAAAGAGAAAAAUUGGUACGUUUUCCCCAUGUUCAUCUUGACAGCCGGUCUCCAGCUGGGGGCUGUCUCGGGCGAGGCCCUGCUAUUGGAGUACUCACAGCUUGAGCCGCUGGAGCAUCGUGGGCAGAUCAAGGCGGAGAUGACCGUGGUCUGCACGGCAGGGGCCCUGGCUUCCUCUCUGUUUAUUGGCAUCUUCAUGAACGGCAAGGAAUACUUGGGUACCUUCGACUGGGGCUUGUCCUUCAGUGGUCUGAUGGCUGUUUGCUUGGUCCUGGUCAUCUUGAUCAUUCCCGUGACAGUCAUGUGUGUGUAUGAGCCUCCAAAAUCAGGGCAACGCACAUCGUGCCGGGCUCAUGUAAAGUCUUCUUGGGAGCUCGUUCAGGGGAAAGCACUCUCCAGCAUUCUUUUCUUCGCUUUCAUUGUCCAGUUUUUGUUCUCCAUGACGACGACCGCCGGACCAAUGGUCCGGAGCCAAUGGGCGCAGGUGAAAGUUCUGCAGCAGCAGAUGUUUGGCAUGGCUGGCCUGUGCAUCAUGAUGGCGUCCACCUGGAUCUACAGAGUGUAUUUUCUUCAGGCAAGCUGGAGAAAAGCCAUCUUUGCAGCGAUCUUCGCAGUGAACGUGCUUGAUGCCAUCCCGCAAUUCCUCACGACUUUUGACUUGGUGCGGAACCAGUACUUCUACCUGGGCGAAGACGUCGUGAGCUCCAUUCCCAACGCCGUCUUGCAAUUAGUCUCGAACUUGAUGAUCAUCGAGCUCGCCGAGCCGGGCCGGGAAGGUCUCUCCUUCGGAUUGAUCGGAACCUUGCAGCAUUCCGCAAUGCCCUUUGCUACGGUGAUCAGCAACCAGGUCUAUGGGCUUUUCGACCCGAAGCUCUCGAACAUUGAGAACUACAUCCUGGACACUCCCCAGUUUCGUUCGACCGUCGCAUGGUCCUAUGUGCUGAGCUACGCCGAGUCGUUCCUUGCCGUGGCCUUGCUUCCGAUGAUUCCAUGGCAAAAAGCCGAGGCUCAUAGGCGGAAGAGAGAGUGGAGCUCCAACUCCGUCAUGGCAGCGAUAGUCCUUGUGAUCCCGGCCCUCUGCUUGACCUACGGAAUCAUUGUCUUGCUGCUGACAAGCCAGCCUGAGACAGCUUGCUUUCGUUGGGUUGGAGGCCAGGGCUGCGCCAAGGUGAAUUCGACUCCGGUGCCCUCGGUUGGAGACCAGGGCUUCACCGGCGCAGCGCUUGAAGGAGAUCCAGUUCGGAUUUACGGAGGUUCGCCCACUGGGCUGCAGCUAACGAUCCGGCCCCCACGGGCUACGCAGUAUCACGAGCUGCCAGGAGUGCCCGGGGCCUUCGUGCUGUCCGAUGUCCUCUCCGCUCAGGAGUGCCAUAUGCUCCGCCAGGCGACCGAAGCCAUGGGCUACCGGCCGGACGUACCUUUGUCCUCCGAACUGGACGAGCGGGCACACAACGUCGUUCUCAUGGCCAACGACUUUCAGAAUACCUCGUUGUUCGACCGGGUGAAGCACCUGCUGCCAAGCAAGCUGGGCCAAGAGAAGCUGUUGGGCAUCAACCGCAGGUGGCGAUUUUACCGGUACCUGUCUGGCAAUCUGUUUAUUACCCGCUCCAAAGCCAGCACGGCGCAAGGGCGAGCGCAAGGUUUCAACUGUCGCCGCAGCAAGCUGUUUGCCCGAAGGUACCGGAAGCACCUGGACGGCGCUUGGCCGGCAAGCGGGCUUAAGCGUGGUGAGGACGGCCAGGACGAGUAUGUGUACGAUGCCUAUGGCGGCGGCACCAGAUCCAAACUGACGUUCAUCAUUUACUUGAACGACGACUUCGAGGGCGGCUGCACUACCUUCUACACGCCUAACCCAGGCUCAAGCCAGUAG